AGCAUUCUGUCUAUAUUAUCAAGUGUGUCUACUGAUUCGUUUAUAGUGUACAAAUAAUCAUGCUGUUGACAGCGUCGUUGGGAUCAAGCAUUCUACUAUUUGUCGUGGCUUCUGCAAAUGGCGAAUUUGCGGAGGAGAAUGAGGAAUAUCUAAGGUUCCCAGCGAACUUUCUCCUGGGAGCUGCAACAGCCGCAUACCAAAUAGAGGGAGCUUGGAACGUGAGCGAUAAAGGAGAAAGUGUCUGGGAUCGAUACUGUCACCUCAAAGAUGGGCGUAUCUUUAACAAUGACACGGGCGACGUUGCCGCAAACUCUUAUUACCAAUACAAAGAAGACGUAGCUUUGUUGAAGAAACUGGGGGUCGACUCGUACCGGAUAUCUUUGAGCUGGCCGCGACUACUGCCGACCGGGUUCUCGAACAAGAUCAGCUCCGCCGGUGUCAAGUAUUACAAUGAUCUGAUCGAUCAGCUUUUAGCAAAUGGGAUUGAGCCGUUGAUUACGCUAUACCACUGGGAUCAGCCGCAAAUUCUGGAAGAAUUCGGUGGCUGGCUGAAUUCGGAAAUGGUCAACUGGUUUGGCGAUUACGCGAGAGUGGUGUUUAGGGAGUUCGGGUCAAAAGUGAAACGGUUCAUACCAAUAAACGAGCCGAGCGGCAUGUGUAAAAGCAGCUACACGUACGGGGCCUAUGCGCCUGGAAAGAAGCUCCCUGGUUUCGGCGAGUACCUGUGCACCCACAAUAUGCUGAAAGCGCACGCGACAGCCUAUAGGAUUUACCAAAAUGAGUUCAAAGCAGCACAAAACGGUGAAGUGGGCUUUUUAGUCAACUUGUUCGGGUUUCUCCCAAAGUCACCAGGGGACACUGAUUCGGUGAAUACUGCUUAUGCAUUCAACGCUGGGUGGACCUUGAAUCCGAUUUAUGGUGAAAAUGGCGACUAUCCGGACCUAAUGAAAAGCAAGGUGGCGGAGAAAAGCAAACAGCAAGGCUACGAGAGAUCUCGUUUGCCGGAGUUCAGUUCUUGGUGGAUCGAUAACAUCAAGGGAACUGCAGACUUUUUGGCGGUAAACCAUUAUACUUCGAGACUGGUAGAGCCCGGAGACAGUAAUCUGAUACCAUCUCAUGACAAUGAUCAAGGCCUGGUAUAUGUUUCAGAUCCCUCUUGGAAGACUGCAGCAUCCCAAUGGUUGAAAGUGGUACCCGAAGGCUUUCGUCAGAUGCUUCGUGAAUUGUCGAAAUAUGGCAAUCCGCCGCUAUACAUCACUGAAAAUGGUUUCUCCGACUUCGGAACUGUCAACGAUACAGCCAGAAUCGAUUACUAUCGUGCUUAUUUGAAAGAAAUGCUUCUAGCCAUACAUGUAGACGGCAUUAAUAUUCGAGGGUACUACAUAUGGUCGUUUUUAGAUAACUUCGAGUGGGAAAUGGGAUACAGAGAACGAUUUGGUAUCGUGGCCGUUGAUUUCAAUGAUCCGAAAAGACCACGAACAGAAAAACAGUCUGCCAGGUGGUGGAAGAACAUUAUAGCUACAAGGAAACUGGACACCAAACGGGUCCCAGAAAUCAAUCCAACAAAUAAUGUAGACGAAUUAUAGACGUAACAUUCAAAUCAUUCUAUGAAUUAAUGACAGGAGCGAUGUGCACUCUGUCUGUUUUCGCUUCCAUUCACAUGAUUUUCAAACAUUGAAACAGGAUUUUUUGCGACGAUAGCGAAAACAAAUAAAUGUUCAAACUUAAAUAAGUAAAUUUUAUAAUUUGACUUUCGUGAUACCUUUUACUUUCAAUAAAUGAAUUUGAUUAAUCUGAA